UGUCUCUCUCGCCAGUUAAUUUAGUAACGAGAGGUCCAUUUGUACACCUUGGUGAUACUUCUGCCAUGAACGUGACAGCUCCAAAUUUAGCAAUAACGUUAACCCAAGCGGUCAAUUGGGAGAGAUAAGUCCUUGUUGGUAUCCGAUGCUUCUCUUUGUAUAAUGGAAAGAUUGCUCCUGGAAGAUCUGUAUCGCAAUCCCCAUCGGAUUUCCCUGUGUGGAAAGAUAAUCUUAUUUAACUGCAAACGAGCUUCAGGCACAAAUGACGGCGAAAUAAGCGAGUUAAUAUUCCGCAGCCUUUCAUUUGAACGGGAGGACAACACGUUCCUGAAGGCAGCGGAUGGAGCAGCUGUCAUCAGCAGGAAAAGAUCAAUUCAUGUGGAUAUUGUAAAAUGUAAAUGUGCCAUAGAUGCUCAGAAGAAAGUCGCCACACCUUGUGUUUUAGUGACACGGAAGAGUGAGAAAGGAGAGAGCUUCAAGUAUAGCCUUCUCACACUGAGCAGCUCAAACCGAUUGGAGCCCUGCAUUGAGUUUAAACUCACUUAUCAAAUGAGGGAGUCUGUGUCCAUCCUCCAAGGCCCCACGGUGUUGUGGACUCAUGCUGGUAAUGUCUUCUAUACAUCUUUGCAGGCAGGGGAGGUGAGACAGAUACCCAUUCAGUUUUCCCACAGUGUUAUUGGAGAACUUCCCCUCCACAAAGGACAGCUAUUUAUUCUUGGACAGCAAAAUGAAAAUAAUCAGCUCACGAACCAAACUCUGGGCUAUUUUGUUGAGAAUGGACAUACAUUUGAUGGCACUAUGAUUUUACCUCACCCUUAUAUUUGCAUCACACGGUGCAUCUUUGUGCUCUCAGCUGAAAAAGUGGAUAGUGUGCUGAAAUCUGCUGUGGUUGCAGCGACUUCUAACCAGCAAAUCGUGUAUUUCGAGAAUGGAAUCGUAAAAGACACAUGUCAGCUCCCCUUCCAACAGCCUGAAGAUAUUCAGUUGGUCAACACUGGAAGGAAUGGCUGCCUGUUUGUCAUAUCAUUUCACCAGGGGCAUGUUUGCGCUGUGUGGAAGGAAACAUUUCAGAUAGCCUCCCACUGGUCAGGUGUCAGCUCAAUGCAUGUGGAUGACUUCCUGGGAUGUGGAACAGACCAGUUGCUAUUGGUUUUUAAGGAUGAAGGUGUAACAGGGCAGCUCCUGGGAAAUUUCCUCAUCACUGACCUCUGUGGUAUUUCAUAUUCUAAUGGACAGGACACUGGAGCACCAACUCGAUCUCCUCCAGCAGAGAACUAUCUGCUCACUCUUCAAGCCUUAGAGUCCAGACUACAGAGUGGAUUGACCAUGCUUCAGGAGCUUCAAAGAGAAGUGAGAGUGAAGGAAAGAGUCGUGCAGCAGUCGGUCCAAGCCCUUACUGACGCGGUCUCAGAAAGAGAACCUAUUCUGGCGGAGCCUGAGCAGGAAGGCCUCAUUGCUCUGUGGGACUCUGAUGAGUCAAAAGAUGAGGCCUUGGAUGACAAGAUGCAAGACAUGCCAGCAAUGUCUUCAAAACUUCAAGUUGACAAGCUCUGGCAUCGCAUUGCUGAGGACCGAAUGGUUGUGGGAUUGAUACUGACGACUGACAGCUCUGUACCAGUGGCCAGUGUGAGCUUAUCCAUCCUGACAGAGACGGGCCAGAGCUCAACGCCCGAAGUCAUCCAGACCCAGAGCCAAGUGCUGUGGCUCUCCACACCCUGCCCCUCAUCAUCAUCCUCCUCCUCUUCCUAUGCCUCCUCGUUCCCAGAGCCCGCAGCCAAAAGAAGCAAGCAGCACAACGCCGGUAGACCCGAUGAUCUCAACACAUGCAGACUGGCUGUGACUGCUGUGACCAAGCUGACUCCUCUGUUGAACUCUGGCUGUGUCAAGUGCCGUGUCAUGCUCCAUUACGUCCAGAGACAAGAUGCUUUUUCCCUCGUGAGCAACCCAACACCGGUUGUCCUGCACUGUGGUCAAGUUGCUCUAGACAUCAAUGGCGAUUUCCAAACCCAAUUGCUGAAAAACCCCAAACUCAAAACAGAUGAGGUUAAAGAGGACUUGCUGAGUCUGUUGGCAGUGCUGGAUCGCUGGGUCUUCCAUAUAGACUCCCCUGAUCACAGCUUAGGUGACAUAGACGGCUGGAUUCAGAAAAGAGUGGGUUGUGAGAGGAUAGAAGUGAGCCCUCAGUAUCUACUGUUACAUUCUUCGGGACCACCAGCUCUCAUGCUGCUGCGCUGGCAUCAGAUAACCCCUUUCCAGGGGGAACUGUCUGUCCACUCCAGCCAAUUACAGAUGCUCCAGUUCCUGGACUCUUUCUUGGGUUACAUCCCUGUGUCCUGCUCCAUCCAGCCUGUCAAAGGUACAAGAGGACAGGGUGCAGCGCAGAUAUUUUCUUUGGCACUGGAAAAAGAGGUGGUGUCACUCAGAGAGUGUGUGUCAUUGCUUCUUUGUGAAAAAGAUGAGGAUGAGAAGACAAGGAGCCCUGGGCGCGAUGACACACCUGAGCCAGGUACUGUGGAGGGGCUGCAGAGGUGUAGAGAGGCGUGGCAGCGGGAUGUGGAGAUGAGUAGGAUGAGGUUGAGCCCCCUGGUGGAUGUUGGGAGGUAUCGUAAGCUGAACCUAAGCAUGUCCAAAGUCCAGCUUGAUGGGGAUUUGGCAGCUCUCUUGGAAAUACAGAGAACUUUGCUCCACUGAUAUGCUACCGACGUAGUUAUUGUUAAAAGUCAUCCAAUCACCGACAUACGUAUUACGAAAAAGCCAUUGUGUCAUGUCUAAUAAUUGAGAAAAGACCCCCGUUGCUGCCUUGGUUAUGUCCUGAGCUGAACCGUGUGUGCCUGCUCUCUCAGAGAGCCUCUUGGGUUCAUAUCUUUUGAGUGUCUGUUGCUGUGAAGAGCCUUAGCCUAUUUCCAUUGGAUCACCUCUUGGGUGUCACAACCUUAAUCAGACACUGAUGCGGUACUGCAUCUCUGCUCAGCUUAUUCUUCUGUUUAUAUCCCUUUAGACCCUGAGUGUUCGAAAAUGCUCUUUUACGUCUGUCGUUGCUGCUGCAGUGUGCUCUUCAGUAGGAGACAGAGACCAUUUUCAUCCUUGAGUGAGAAACUAUUUGUGUAAAAAAUAAAGACAACCGAUGACAGUAGAGCAAGGGGUUAUACAUUUGCUCACUGGCUGUAGUUGACUGAAAGCUUUUAGUGGUAUUUCCUCUCAUGGUUCAGUUAUUUUCCUGUGAAACGAUGUAAAUAAAACAGUUCUUUGGUGCUGUUGCUCCUAUGACGCUGCACAGGCUGUUAGUGCUGUAAGUUAAAAUGCCAUUCGUCCAAGUAAACAUCGAAUCCUACUUAACAGGACCUAGUCUUAGUUGGAUACAUAAGGUCUGCAGCAGCUUGACCCGUAGUAUUUGCUAAAAUGGAUUUUUUUUUUCCCCCUAUCCUAGAGGGGGCUGAAAAACGAAGAUGUGCAUUUUGCUCGUUCUACUCCAUGUGUUUAUGGAACUUACUCAGUCGGAGAUCCACUGCCCCUCUUUUACUACUUUUAAUGUCUCUGCCUCAUUGCACAUAACAGCUUCCACUAGACUCACUGCCACAGGUCUCCAGUAAACAUAGCUGUAACAUAAUUACUACAGAUUUCAGUAUUUCCAUCAGCUAUUCCCAAAAUGUUAUUUUAUUAUAGUAAUGGUGCUGUGAGAUGAUAAAACACUA